AUGUCCAACCCGCCUUUCACGGUCCGAGCGGUCUUCGAGUAUGCUUCGGGCCACGAUGACGACCUUAGCUUCCCAAUCGGUCAGAUCGUAACCGUCACCUCCGAGGAGGAUGCCGAGUGGUACAAUGGCGAAUACACAGACAGCUCUGGAGCCAAGCAAGAGGGUAUUUUUCCCAAGAACUUCGUCGAACGAUAUGAACCUCCGGCACCUCCGCGGCCAGCACGCCCUACCAGAGCAAAGAAGGAGCCUGAGCCUGCGCCUGCGCCAGUGGAAGCUCCCGUGGCUGUGCCUGAGAGCCCGGUCCAAACAGAACCCGAGGUAACGGCGCAACCCGAGGAAGAACAAGAGGAACCCGAAACAGCCCCCCAACCACCUGCUGCUCCCAGGGCUCCGAUCCUGCCUUCAAGCUCUCCCACUCCAGCUGUGGAGGUUCCGUCCUCGCCCCCUCAGCCUACUCCGGCCCCCGCUCCCGUUCAUGCUGCGGCCCCCGCCCCGCCUCCGGCGAAGGCAUCUACAAAGCCCCCACCACCGGCUGUGGGAGAGAAGCCUGCAGGAAACUCGUUCAAAGACCGAAUUGCUGCAUUCAACAGAUCCGCUGCCGCGCCAAUUGCACCUAUCAAGCCUGGCGGUCAACAGCCGUCCUCCUUUGUCAAGAAGCAGUUUGUUGCUCCGCCUCCAAGCAAGGACUCCUUCGUGCCUCCGCCGCGGGAGCCUGCUGCCAAAAUUUAUAAGAGAGAGGAGGACCCGGAGGUUAAGGAACAACUUUCUCGGGAACCCCCUGUUUCUGAAAGCCGACCCCCACCCCCGCCGCCGGCACAGGAGGGCGAGGAAGGCGCAGAGGAUCAGCCAAAGCCUACCAGCCUGAAGGACCGAAUAGCUCUACUUCAAAAGCAGCAGCUUGAACAAGCUCAGCGCCAUGCCGAGGCUGCUCAAAAGAAAGAGAAGCCGAAGCCUCCGAAGAAGGCUGUCGAGCAGCCUAUUGAGCAGCCUGUGGAAGCUGCCGCUGCCGGAGCCGCUGCCGAAGACGACGAGGAUGAAGAACAGGUGUCUUCUCCUGUUGAAGCUAUGCCAGUCCCCCGAGACCCCAGUGUUGAUACCUUGAGAGCCAAAGCUCCUCCCACCAUGCCCCCUCCAUUUUCACCCCAGGAAGAGAUCGCCAGCGAAUCGAAUGACGCAGACUACUCUGCCGCCGCAGACUCCGAGGAUGCUGGAGAGACUUCUACCAGCAGAGAUGAUGAUGAGGAGCGCUCACGUCAAGCUCCAGUCCCGCCAGCCCACACUGCUGAGCAGAAGGAUGAAUCAGAGGAUGCCGACGAAGAGGAAGAAGAGGAGGAGGAAAUGGACCCUGAAACUAGACGCAGAAUGGAGCUUCGUAAUCGAAUGGCCAAAAUGAGUGGUGGUAUGGGUAUGAUGGGACUUUUUGGUCCCCCAGGUGGCAUGCCCGGCAUGGGUGCUCCUGCUCCUGCACCUCGCAAGCCUAAGACUCCUGGUGAGUCAGAGAAGAGGCUUGCUGAGCCUGAACCAACGUCCCCAGGCCAUGCUCCGCCGGUACCAAUGAUUCCCCUUCCUGGAAUGAACAUCGGCACCAGACCAGGCCCGCCUGCCGGUGUUGAGAAGGAAGAAGAGGAGCCUUUGGCAACUCCUAUCAGGGAACAACAUGCCCCACAGGAAGUGGCAGACGUCGAAGAUAUUGUCCACGAAGGUGCGCCCCCACUUUCUUCUAUCGAACGUCCUCCUGCUCCCCCCUCCCGUGAACGAGCUGCGCCUCCCCCACCUUUGGACUCUCGACCCAUUCCACCACCCGUGCCUACGGAGCAGUUAGCUUCCCCUCCCCCAGUCCCCGGAAGCCGUUCUCUCCCUCCUUUUUCCAGGCCAUCAGGCGUUGAUGCCGGCAAUGAAUCCGAUGAUGAAUUGUCUGUGCAUGCAAACAACCUUUCCUUGGAGUCUGUUGCAGGUGUUCCCCCGCCUGUGCCUGCUCAUGCUGACAGUAUUGAUUCUCGUCGUUCCUCGACAUAUGAUGCACAACCUCCCCUGCCUCCGACGUCACCUGCCGAAAAGAGAGCUAGUCGCCCACCUCCCCCAGUUCCAUCAAACCCGCCCAUGCCACCGGCGCAGAGCCGUGCCCCACCUCCUCCACCUCCAAACCAGCCACGCCGGCGAUCCACUGCGGAUAGUCGCGGUAGUGCCAUCUCCGCCCCCCGCCAGGCUGGAGAUGAUGUUGAAGGAGAAGUGACAGAAUACGAUGGCGACUACGACACUGAUAUUGCGUCCGGUGUCAAGCACAAGGACGCACUGAGAGCCCAUGAGCGUGACUCCAGCUUUGAUGAGGGCAUGAUGACUGAUGAGUAUUCUCUUCAAUCCCCUCGCAGCCCUCCGGAAUCCCGUCCUCCUCCACCUCUUCCUCCAACUGCUGCUCCAAGGGGAGUCCCGCCUCUACCUCCAAGCCAGCCUCCUCGCAAUGCUAGAGCCUCUAUGGAUACACCUCGAGGACCACCUCCGCCCCCACCGGGCAGAGAGCCAUCGUACGGCGGAGAUGACGAAUAUGACCCCUUCAAUUAUGUCGAGCCUAGGCACGGAUUGCCUACACCUCCGGCGCCUCCCAGUGGUCGCCCAGAGGCACCGCCUCCUCUUCCCCCACAACCGCCAGCGAGAGAGAGCUUCGAUGAUUUGUAUGAUGUAUCUCCCGUACAAAGCCCCACAAAUGAGGCCCCGCCUGUACCGAUGUCUCAAAAGCGUGCAUCUCUAGCCCCAUUGCCUCCCCCAUCCCAGGCCCCAGCUAUGCCGUCGCCUUCUGCGGCACGCAGCACGCGCCCUUCAAUGGACAUGACAAGAGGCCCGGCCAAUAUCCGGCGUUCUAUGGAUGUUUCUCGCCCGUCCAUUGAUCAAGGCUUCAUUGCCACGGACAUAGAUUAUGCGGAAAGCACCCUUUGGUGGACCCAGCCCAACACCCCGCCGCCGUCCCUCCAAAAUCGAAAGGACAUACUCUUUGAGGUUGAGGAGUCGUCUUCCUCCAAACGCGGUGGUAAGACGACUGUGUCCAAGGACAUCUAUAUCCUCUUCAUGGACUACUCCCAGACCGUUAUAGCAGCUCAGUUUGAUCCCAGAGACCCUGCAGAUGUCUCCUUGGAGCAACGUCACGAGCCACCUCCACUUCAACCCCGUCAAGAUCAGUUGGAGCAGGCACACAACCAAAUUGGUAUCCGCAUCUCCGAGUCCAUCAACUCCUACCAAAACUCUACUGUAGGAGAUGGUACACCUUUCGGUCUGGUUCAGCAUCUUCUGAACCCUCUUGCUGAUGCAUUGCUUCCUGUUGGCACUCGGGCGUACGGUGCUUUGGUUUACUCAAAUUUGGCAAAUGCGUCGGUUUCACAGAAUGACGAGAUCCGCGCUGGUGAUAUUGUAAGCUUCCGCAAUGCUCGGUUCCAAGGCCACCGUGGCACUAUGCACCAGAAGUACAGCUCUGAGGUUGGCAAGCCUGACCACGUUGGCAUUGUUGUGGAUUGGGAUGGUACCAAGAAGAAGAUCCGGGCCUGGGAGCAAGGGCGCGAGAGCAAAAAGGUGAAGAUGGAGAGCUUCAAGCUCAAUGACAUGCGCAGUGGUGAGUGCAAAGUCUGGCGAGUUAUGCCACGUAGCUGGGUUGGUUGGGAAAACAACAAAUAA